GUGACCGGCAACGUUCCGCCGGCGCCAAUUUCAAACCGCGGAACAAACUGAAAGCCCCCCCCUUACCCCCUCCUCCCCCUCCCCUAGCCUGGGACUUUCCCCUCCCCCCUCCCGACGACCCCACCCCUCCCCCCCGCGGCCGGGGACUUGGCUGACCCGGCCCCUAGAGGCCCGGGGCCUGCUCCUGGACCCUGGCUCGGCCCCCGCGGGCUGAGGCUGAGGGGACACUCGGCCCGGGAGGUCUGCCCUGGGGCAUUGGUGGAGGCAGCGGCAGCGGUGCUGAGGUUCUAUUCUUGUUUUCAAUGGAGAGCGAUUGCACAGAUUCAUGAUGAAAACUAGCCCCCGUCGGCCCUUGAUUCUCAAGAGGCGGAAGCUCCCCCUUCCUAUUCGUGAUGCCACAGGUGACGGAACAAAGGAAGAGCCCAAAGGGACUCCUUCUCAACAGGAGUCAGGCCAAAUACAGGCCUCCAAGGAGAUGGCAGAACCUGAUCUUCAGAAGUUUCCAACAGGCAUCAAGAUCAUCAACCAUCCCACCAUGCCAAAUACCCAAGUGGUGGCAGUUCCCACCAACACAGAUAUACAGAGCAUCAUUGCAGCCCUGACUGCCAAAGGGAAAGAGAGUGGCAGCAGUGGGCCUAACAAAUUCAUCCUUAUCAGUAGUGGGCGGGCCCCUGCCCAGCUUCCAGGAUCCCAGCCCUCAAACCAAGGAGAUGAAGUGGCUAAGAGGGCAGAGGCAGUAGCUGAGAGCACGGGACUAAAACCUACGACUAGAGAUGUGACCCUAUCCAGACCACUAGGAGCCCAUUCCAGCCGGGGAUGGGAACUGGAGGGCUGUGCUGGAAAUGAGGCAACAGGCUGCAUUCUGGAUGAUAGCCUGACCAACAUUCAGUGGUUAGGAAAGAUGAGUUCUGAUGGACUGGGUUCCUGCAGCAUCAAGCAAGAAAUAGAGGAGAAGGAGAAUCGACAUCUGGAGCAAAAUCAAGUCAAGGUUGAAGAACCUCCAGCUGCAUCAACCUCCUGGCAGGAUUCUGUGUCUGAAAGACCACCUUAUUCCUACAUGGCCAUGAUCCAGUUUGCCAUCAACAGCACUGAACGGAAACGCAUGACCUUGAAAGACAUCUACACAUGGAUCGAGGAUCACUUUCCCUACUUUAAGCACAUCGCCAAACCGGGCUGGAAGAAUUCCAUCCGCCAUAAUCUUUCUCUACAUGACAUGUUUGUUCGGGAGACAUCUGCCAAUGGCAAGGUCUCCUUUUGGACCAUCCACCCUGAUGCCAAUCGCUACUUGACACUGGACCAGGUGUUUAAGCCACUGGACCCAGGGUCUCCACCAUCGUCUGAGCACUUGGAAUCACAACAGAAGCGGCCUAUCCCGGACCUCCGCCGAAACCUGGGCAUCAAAGCUGAGCUCCCCUUGAGUGCACGACGGAAGAUGAAGCCGCUACUCCCAAGGGUCAACUCAUAUCUAGUACCAAUUCAGUUCCCGGUGAACCAAUCCCUGGUGCUACAGCCUUCGGUGAAGGUGCCAUUACCCCUGGCUGCCUCUCUCAUGAGUUCAGAGCUUGUCCGUCAUAGCAAGCGGGUGCGCAUUGCCCCCAAGGUGCUGCUAGCUGAUGAGGGACUAUCUCCCUUUUCCACUUCUGGAUCAUUGAAAGAGGAAAGAACCCUACCUGGGGAAGGACUGUCUCCUUUGUUUCGGGCUCAGUCUGUCAAAGAAGAAGAUCUCCAGCCCAUGGAAGAAUUAUCCCAGUUCACAAGACCCAUCAAAGUAGAGAGCCCACCACUGGAAGAGUGGCCCUCACCCUUUCCCGUGGUCAAGGAGGAAGUGCCACACCCUUGGCAGGACCCUUCCCUUCUCCCUUCCCCAAGACCCAAGAAGACCUUCACAGGACUCAAGUCCCCACCAAGGGGUGUCUCUGACAUGCUGGUGAUUAAACGAAGGGAAAGGAGGGAGAUGAGUCGAUCCAGAAGGAAACAGCACCUUAUCCCACCUUGCUUGGAAGAGCCAGAACUUUUGUUCCCAGAGGUCCCUGGACCCUCUAGGCAAAACACAGACCUCUCCUUCCUCCCAGAGGCACCAGAGCCCACCUCCCAACUCAGCCAUUCUCAGGAUGAAGGAGGUCCCUUUAAAACACCAAUCAAGGAGAUGUUAUGCAAGCUACCCAUUUCCUCCACCCCGAGCAAAGCUGUCCUCCCUAUGACCCCAGACCCAUGGAGGCUUACACCCCCAAACAAGGAGGCAGGGCUUGAUUUCAGCCCAGUGCGUACUCCCCAGGGAUCUUUCACUCUCCUGCCAGAUUCCAUGGGGCUUCUGGAUCUCAGCACUACCCCACUGAAGAAUGUUCCUCUCUUUGAGUCACCCCAGGAGCUUCUUAAUCCAGAGUCACUUGACCUGGUCUCUGACCCUUUCAACAGCUCUCCCACUUCAGAUCCUGAAGCCCCCAAGCCUGGUUCCCCUGAGAUGCAUGUCUCCAGCCUUUCUGCCAACCGUUCCCUGACUGAAGGCCUGGUUCUGGACACAAUGAAUGACAGCCUCAGCAAGAUCCUGUUGGACAUCAGUUUUCCUGGCUUGGAGGAGGAUCCCCUGGGCCCUGACAAUAUUAGUUGGUCUCAGUUUAUCCCUGAGUUACGGUAGAGCCCAACCUUCCCGACUAGUCCAAGUUUGACAAGUAGUUGGGUGGUCUAACGGUUAGACCAUUUCACACACACUGUGUGAAGGCAGCAGGGCUGACAGUGGCUGGUGAACCCGUCUGCUUCUCUUAGCUCUUUCUCCCAAUUAGGUCAAGGUAGCCAGUCAUGUCCUAGCUGUUUCCUGAUCCAGCAGACUACAAGCUGGUCUGUUGGAUGGUCAUUGCCCAUCCUGGAGAAGUCUGGCCUCUUCACCUCCAUCCCCAGCCUGACCUCCUCACCAAGCACUAAUGGGUGGGAACAGUAACACAAAGGCUAAAAAUUGCAGGAGGGGUUCCCAGCCUUAUUUGCAUCUAGAAGCCUCUCUCCUCGACUUUCCCUACUCUCCUCUCAGUGGCCCUUUGAGGCCAGGUGGUCAUUGUAAAUAGUGUAUAUUCUCCAAAUUAUCCUCUAAUUAUUAACAUAACUUUAUUUCCUUAGAUCAGUAUCGUGGGGUUGCCAGUGGGUGGGUAGGGCAACAUGGGGUUUUUGUUUGUUUCCAUGGCUUGCUUUUGGUCUUCUCUGGGAGACUAGAGCCUCAGGUUCAGGACUCAAGGGUUUCUCCAGGUCAGGAAUGCACCUCUCAAGGUUUCUUAACCCACCAUGUAUCCUCAAUAGGAGAUCUGUGUGCCCUACACUGGCCUUCUUACAGUAGCUCUCCUGAGGACUGGGGGGUUCUUAGCAAAAUGAAGGAGAGCCACAACACUGCUGCAGAUUGUCCUUGUAAUGGGAUCAGUUCCCCAGAGCCAAAUAGGAGGAGACAUCACUAGAGUAUUUCUUCUAGGAUUCCAAAUUUUGCCAAGCAGUCCUGUAGAAGGGAGAGUUUGGCUAAAGGAUGGGUGGGAUGGGGGGUGAUCAUAAGGUCACCCUGACUUAUGCUGGGAUCCCCUCCAUUUGCACUUCAGCUUUUAUAACCAAUCUACCCCAUAAGCCAGAGUUUCAUUUAUGUUAUGUACUUGGUAACUACCAACUCAAUAAAGGCCGGGGUGGAGAUGUUGGGUUUUGUGAAAUA